UCCAAGUUGAAGAACCUAGCGGUACCCAUGGUCCUGUACCUUGUAGCCGUGGUGAUGAUCACGGCCUACUUCCGACCUAGCUACCAGCGGCUGUACCGGGACUCCGGAGAGCUGCCCCCCGGCUGGGAGCGGCACCUGCUGGAGUCGAAGUCGAAGUCGGAGUCGGAGUGGGAAACUCGCAUGGAGAAAAUCCACCGUGACAGGAGGGCGACACUGCACAGGGCCUGCCAGAAAUUCAACUUAGAGGGCCCUCCCCCUUCCCCCAGGAGACUGCACAAGCUGCGGUACAACGACCCCUACCGGCUGGUGUACUGUGACGUGGCGAAGGCCGGCAGUACUACAAUGAAGAAGAUCCUGGCCAGGGUGGACCCGAACUACGACUACAUCAGGGAGAACGGGCUGCACGAUCAGGACGCGUUCAAGGACCUCAGUCAAUUCCCCGCCGGUUCUCCCGCCCUGACUUCCCGCCUGACGAACUACACCAAGUUCAUGAUCGUGCGGGAGCCGCUGGAGAGACUCCUGUCGGCGUACCAGGACAAGUUCCGGUACGGCAGGGCUGUCCGGGAAUUCGAGAGGAACUACGGAGAGCACUUCCUGGAAGUCAGGACCCCCAACGACGCCGAAAGGUGGCAAAAGGCUGCCCGUGCAGCUGACACGAAGGCCCGUCUGAACAUAACGUUUGCGGAGUUCGUGCGCGGUGUGCUGACGGGAGAGGAUCGGUACUUCAACAUCCACUGGCAGCCGCAGCACCUCAUCUGUCACCCCUGCAGGAUCCACUACGACUAUAUCGGUCAUCUUGAGACCAUGCAUGAUGACGUCAAGUACAUCAUGCGCAAGACCGGCAUCAUCGAGAAGGUUGCACCACCAAAGCAGACCGCUAGGCGCGCUGGGAACAACCUGGCGACCAUGUACGCGCAGAUCCCGCUGAGUCACAUUCGGCAGCUGGGAAGGAUGUACGCCUUUGACUACAUCGCCUACAGUUUUCAUUUUGAAGACACUGUGAGAAACAUUGUGAAGGGGUGGGAGGACGAAAUGCAUCUAUGAAAGA